CUGGGCGCGAUGGCCGCGGCCCGCACGGCGGUCGGCUUGGUGAGAGCGAAUCUAUUCAUCACCAUCAAUCGCAUCAUUCUCGGCUCGUUCAGCAACAUCGCGAUCGGCAUCGGCACGUGCUACUUUCUCGCCCCGGCCGGCCCAGUCCAGGCGGCGAUCCGCCUGACGCAGCGCAACAACCAUGGCAACAUCUCGGAACUGUUGGACAAUUUGCUCCGCGGCUACGACAACAGCAUCCGGCCCGACUUUGGCGGGCCACCGGCGGUGAUCGAGGUGGAUAUCAUGGUACGCAGCAUGGGCCCCAUCUCCGAGGUGGAUAUGACCUAUUCGAUGGACUGCUACUUCCGGCAGUCGUGGGUCGACCGGCGGCUAGAAUUCAGCGGUGCCCAGGACACGCUGGCCCUCAGCAUUUCGAUGCUCGGGCGCAUCUGGAAGCCGGAUACGUACUUCUACAACGGCAAGCAGAGCUACCUGCACACCAUCACGACGCCGAACAAGUUCGUGCGCCUCUACCAGGACGGCCGUGUGCUGUACUCCAGCCGGCUCACCAUUAAGGCCGGCUGCCCGAUGAACCUGGAGGACUUCCCGAUGGACACGCAGCGCUGCCCGCUGAAGUUUGGAUCGUUUGGCUACACCACGAACGAUGUCCUGUACCGCUGGAACAGUGGCCGGUCGGCGGUGGCCAUCGCCGAGGACAUGAAGCUGUCGCAGUUCGAUCUGGUCGACUGUCCGGCCGGGAACGUGACCGAUCGGGUGGUGCACAACACGGCCAGCGCCGGUGCCACCGUCCUGAACGGGGCUGCUAGCAACGUCGAUCUGGAGCUGGGCCUCGUCCUCGACGGCGGAACGGGCCGAACGACGGCCGCCGGCGGAAGCGGAAAUGCCAACGGGAAGCUUUACGUCUCGGAAUACUCGAUGCUGCUGGUGAGCUUCCAUCUGCAGCGGCACAUGGGCAACUUCCUGAUACAAGUGUACGGACCGUGCGUGCUGCUCGUCGUCCUAUCCUGGGUGUCCUUCUGGUUGAACCGCGAAGCGACGGCCGAUCGCGUGUCACUCGGCAUCACCACCGUCCUGACGAUGACGUUCCUCGGGCUGGAGGCUCGCACGGACCUCCCGAAAGUUCCUUACCCGACGGCGCUCGACUUUUUCGUGUUCCUGUCGUUCGCGUUCAUCUUCGCGACGAUCAUCCAGUUCGCGAUCGUGCACUACUUCACCAAGUACGGCUCGGGCGAGUGCUACUUCAGCGUGGAGGAGCUGACGUCGAGCUCGGACGACGAGGAUAGCGACCGGGACACCAGGACGGGACGCAAUCCGAACGGCAAACGCUGCUCGACCAUAACCUCAAUCAGUGGCACCGGUGCCGAUUCCCGUUACGUCGAGGUAAUCCCACUGUCCGUCUGUUCCUUUCCGACGGUGCCCAAAAGUCCCAAACCGUCCUGGACGGAUGUGUCCUGUUUCGGGGGAAGCCCCGGGGACGAUGAUCCCGCCUCGUCAUCGCUGAUGGCCACGCCACCGCUAUCAGUGGCGACGGCAACAAUGGCGACCACCUCCUUCAGCGGUGGUAAGCACCGGCGGCGAACCAGUGGUGGUGGUGGUGGUGGAGGGGUGCCCACUACAUCCCAGCACCACCGUGCUCAGCACAUCACCAUCGAUCCAACGAUACCAACGACGCUGGCUGGUGGGACCCCGAACGUGCACCGGACCCGCCGGCGAAGGAAACGGGAGCCACGGUUCAACUCGGUGUCCAAAAUCGAUCGUGCCUCGCGCAUCUUCUUCCCACUGCUGUUCCUGGCCAUCAACGUGUUCUAUUGGUGUCUGUACUUGUCGCGCAGCGCGCGGCUGCCGCAGCAGCACCACAAGACCGGAUAG